AAGAACUGACUAUGAAUACCGGCCACAGUGUCUAUUUGUGUUUUUUUUUCUUUUUUUUUUUUUUUAUUGGAAAGCACUCUAGAAACACGGGUUUUUCUGUAUAAUUUUCAUGUGAUAUAACAUAAAAAAGUUAAUGAUUAGAGAGGGCACUUUUAUCAUGCUAAAUAUUUUCGGAUUGGAUAUGAUAUAUUGUGUCUAGAUAUUUAGAUAUGUGGCCGGAUUGAUCAUGCAAAUUGACAUAAAUUGACGUAUACAUUUGUGUAUAACGGCUUUAUCCAUAAACGAGUUGUGUCAUAUUUACAAAAAAAUUACACGUUUUUGUGACAAAAUAACCUAUAACAAGUAUUGAGUGUACAAAAUUAGAUUUUCUAUAACGUAAACUGUAUACGUCAUAACCUAUUUAUGUCGUACAUCUCCGUCGAAAAUGAUUUUAAAUGUAUUAAGUAUAAUUGUGUGCGCCUCAAGUUUUGUGUAUACUUGCUAUAUUUUAUGUAAUUUGACCUAUUUCUUAUCAAGUCACAACAGUAAAGACGAAAGUCUUCGCGUAGUAUCAGAUGAUAACGCAAUACAGUCUACUUUGUGGUCCCUUCUAAUAGACAUGUUACUCCUUACAAUUUUCAUCUUUCAACACUCCAUUAUGGCCAAUGACUUUACCAAACAUAUUUUCUUUAAACUACAUAUUGAAUAUCUCAGCAGAAGUAUUUACAAUGCCUGCAGCUCUGCAAGUCUUCAUUUCCUGAUUAAUAAGUGGCAGCAAUCUCCAGCACUAACAGUCUGGAAGAUUGACACUUCCAAUGAUACAAUUUGGAUACUAUUUUCUGGUCUCCAUGUAUUUUUUUGGUGUAUUAUUUACAGUGGAUGUAUCAUGAUGGACAUUGCAGAACUAUGUGGAUUCAAACAGGUUUGGUACAGAGUAUCUGGAAAGAAUAGUCCAUUGGAUACAAAAUCCAAGGAGCUGCGCAGAUACAUGAGGCAUAUGAGACAUCCUAGUUUCAUUGGAUUUCUCGCUAUUUUAUGGAUCUAUCCUUUCAUGAGUAUGGAUCGAAUAUUAUUGGCGAUAAUAUUAACGAUAUACAUGGUAUUAAUAUGGACUAUAGAUUCUGAAGAUUAUGGUUAUCAUAUCAGAUACUUCAGACAGAAACAAAUAGAACUCUCUUAGCUACACAUUUAUUAUUUUCCUUUAUUUUCACUUUUGAUUCUUUUGAUAUUUUAUGCAUCAUUCUCAUGAAUUUCACAUCAGUUAUGUAACAAACUUAAUAGACAAUUAAGUGGGUUAUUAUAUAAUAAAUAACACAUCAAUGUAAUAACGUAAACCUUGGUUUAUUUGUCAUCAGAUAAUUAUUUUUAUUUGGUAUUUAUAGGACAAUUUUCCAAGAUACUAAAUAUAUAUAAAUUUUCAAUUUAUUCUCGCAGAAAGACUUUUGAAGAUUGUAUCUAUUUUUACAUUAAAAUUUACUCACCCAAA